UGGUCAGCUUUCAAUGCGCCAGGACACAGGGCUACGAGUCUACGACAACACUGCAUCAGACUACAUCCCGUUUUUGCUGGAUACAAUGAUCGGAGUGGCCCCGACGAGAUUCUUCCAUUUACGCGGUUGCUACAUUAUAGUUCUGAAUGAAACAUUGUUGGGCGUCUAAGUAUGUGUGACUACUGCCGCAUGGUCAAUGGUUUCACAUUCACAGCCAACACCACAGCUUUAAAUACCACAGCAUCUUUCGUUUCUCUAUACCCUUUCAACGUUUCAACGCUGGACACCAGCAAAAGCAAAAUUUUCAAUACCUGAAGACCAUUAGCGCAUGAAUGGCGAGCAAGACUGCGACCAGUAAUGGGAGAGCCAAGAGAGUAGAAGUGAACCAGCGUGCGCUGGUCGAUAAAGUGCUUGCUCGAUAUCCCGAAGAGUUUACAGUGUUUCGAGAGCUAUUACAGAAUGCUGACGACGCCAGAGCCACGAAAGUCGUAAUAGAGUUUCAGACGAAGGCCUACGCUUCACAUUCUGUGGAAGCAAAUGGCAAGACAAAUGGAAUCAAUGGCACGACCGAUAUCCCGGACUUGAGCAAUUCGAAGUUGUUCAAAUGGGUUGUUCGCAACAACGGUGAUUUUUUCGAAGAGAAGGACUGGGGACGACUGACGAAGAUUGCGGAUGGCAACCCGGACGAACAGAAGAUUGGAGCAUUUGGCGUCGGGUUCUACAGUGUCUUCAGUAUCACCGACAGCCCGCUGGUCUUGUCUGGAGGCAAAAGUCUGUCGAUAUUUUUUCGGGGCGAUCAGCUAUAUACGCUGGACGAUGAUUGUGCCCCGAGCGAGUGGACUUCCAUCGAGAUGGAGUUGAAGGAAGAUUUGCAAGUUUCCUUCCCGAAACCAUUCGACUUGGCCCGUUUCCUGGCAGCUACCAUGACAUUCAUGUCGACUGUGGAAAACGCCCAUGUUUUUUUCGACAACAAAGUCUUCAUGAAGAUCAAUAAGUCUAGGCACGUACCCAGCCUGAUUCGUGUUCCCAAAGAUAUGGUGCCGAGGAGCAAGGAGGGCACGAUGAAUAUCAAGGAACUCUCAGUAGUUACCCAAGAAAUUACCGUUGAACUCACGGACUGGGCACGCGCCGUAGGAACGAAGCUAACAUCCUCACAUCACUCUGGCACCGAAAAUCAACCAAAGAAUCCUGUGAAACGCAAAGGUUUCUGGGAUAUCUCCAAGCGCGAAAUCGCCAAAGUCGCCAAAGUCUCCAAAGUCGUAUCUCGAGCAUCAACUUAUGACAACCGGCCCUGGUGGACCCAUAGUGCCAAAUAUGCGGUAUAUUCGGCUCAAGUGACGACUACUCCUAGCAAGGACCUUCACAAGGGCUUAAGAGCAAUGACCAAGAAAGAUCCUCCUUCCCACUUCGAUUUUGAGAUGGUCUACUUCUCCAAAGAGGAGCAGGAUGCAAGAACAGCAGAGGAGAAUAGCGACCCUGAAAUGGGAAGCGUGUUCAGAGGACCGCAAGGUCUAUUUCCCCAGUUAGAUGGGGAAUACAUGUCCCGGAUCUUCAUCGGUCAAAGUACAGCGCAGACGACUGGUAUUGGUGGACACAUGUCUGGCCGAUUUAUUCCCACUGUGGAACGAGGAUCCAUUGAUCUAACAAACGGUCAUGUCGCAAAGUGGAAUGAAGAACUCCUGUAUGUUGGUGGGUUCCUUGCGAGGCUCGUGUAUGAACAGGAGAUUCGCAAGGUCCGGGAUGUUUGGCCUAGAGUCAACGAUACUGUUGUCCCGACAGCUAACGCUUCGGCAUUAUCUUCAAGAGAAAAGGCCACAUAUGCCAUGCGCUACUUCACGUUCCUACCAUCCACUCCGGACGCCAAAGUCUCGAAAAUCUUGCAAGAAGCGUUUUUCGACUGCUUCGACUAUUCUUUCAACGAUCAUUUUCCCGUCUUGACAAAUUCCGGUAUUCGUUACACUAAGGAAGUUCGGAACUCUCACGUCGAUUUCGCCCCCUUCAUGAAAUUGGUGCCUACACGUCUUCCGACGUCACCUGGCGACCCGCCUAGUUUAGUGGACUCACUCCCUGAGAAAUAUCAGGUCCGGGAGUACACGUUUCAAGAUGUGCUGGGCGAACUGGGCACAAGGACCUUGCAAGAGGAAGAGAUGGUCGGUUGUCUGCGGUGGUGGGUCAACUUCAUAAGUGGGCUUGAAGACGAAGAAGAGAAGGAAAGGACUCUCACAUUCCUGCCCCAUCUGACAGGGCAGGCCAAGUCGCGAAUUGGGAAUUCCAAUCCCAUGCGUGUUAUGGAACUUCGCAAUAUCACCAAGUUUGUUGAUUCCAACGUUUGGCUCCCUUGGCUCCAGUCGGACGAUGCUCUUCCUCCAGACACCAUCCCGUUUUCGUUUACCAGGCCUCUGGAUCGACAACACAUUUCCUCAUCGCUUCUGUGGCAGCCAAUGUCCGUUGUGGACUGGCUGAGUCACUUGAUAAGCCCUCAGAUCGACGCGGCUCAUGACAUCCGCAAAAGCGCUACGUACUCCAACCGUGUCCUGGGGGUUCUGGGCAAUAUUUGGUCCAUGUUGUCUAGUGACAUGAAAUCUCAGGCAAAGGAUCUCAUGCAGAACGUCCCAUGGAUUGCAACAAAUAUGGGGUUCCAGCCACCCGGUGGAGCGUAUUUUCCGGAAGCGGACGUCUUUCGUGAUUUGCCAGUCGUCUCCGUCAGCCUGUUCGAUCCACAAGUUCUCACUGUACUCAGCGAGUUCGGGGUCAAGCGGCAUCUUGACUUUGAAGAGUUGUUUGCCAAGGCAGACAAAUUAAGCACGUGGUCGGCAAUUGAGAUGAUCAGAUACAUCAGCACCGACCCAAACGCCAUGGAGAGGAUGGAGGACAUCCGGACGCACGCUGUCUUCCCUUGCGAUAAAGGCGGGAAAUAUUGCAUCACUGACUUGUACCUUCCACAUGAGGAUAUUCGCCCGCUGGGCCUACCAAUUCUCGCCUGGUCGCGCAAGAUCGACAAAGAUUCCGAGGAUGAGCAACUCUUGACCGAUAUGGGAUUCCUUCGACACCCGCCUUUGGAGAAGCUCAUUGAGAUUGCUGGGAACCCUGACCCUAAAGUUCAACGUGCUGCCUUCGGGUACCUUACGAGCAAGUUUGAUGAGCUCUAUGAUACAGAGUAUGAUCCUUCGAGAUACGACGACAUGCCGUUCAUACCAGCUAUGCGAGACAAUCGUGAAUGUGUAGGCGCUUACGAAGAGGUUUAUUCCGAUCCAUCAUGGGCAUUGAUGGGGUUCCAGAGAGUCCAUCCUUCAGUCGAUAGGAAGAUCAUCGGCCGACUGAGGAUGCGGGAAGCACCAUCGGCAAAACAAGUGAUCGAGGUUUUCAAGGCCAGUCCGCCCAAGGACACCGACAUGGCGAUAAAAUGGUUCACCUUUCUUGCAACAAAGCAAGUGCUCUCUCCUGGGGAUCUUCAAGAAAUUGCUAAGAUUCCUAUCGUCCCCGUCAAGGAACGUGCAUCUCAAGAUCCGGACUGCGCUGAGUACACCAUUCGUAUGGUGCCACCUUGGGAGUGCUUCAUCGGUGGUAGCCAAUACGGAGAAGAUCACCUUUACCGGCGACUAUUUACCUUCGUCAACUUUGAAGAACGUGCAAAUCGGUUUUUGAAAGCUUGCGGUGUCAAAGCGAAGCCUGAUUGUUCUGACAUUGUAAAUAUUCUGAUAAAGGACCCUAAGGAGUUCCUCAAAAAAACGGACUCUGAGAAGUAUCUUGUCGAGCUUCGUGGAAUUGCGGUUGGGUAUGAGGGGCUUGCCGAAGAGGACAAGAAAAAGAUGAAGAAUGCUCCAAUAUUCGUCGGCUAUCGCACCUUCAAGUCCUCCCAUCCAGAUAACCCCGUCGUCAACGAAUUCCAGCUCGUUCCAGCAUCUAAGAUCCUGCUCGCUGACGACAUGGAGAACCGCCGGAUCUUUGGAGAGUUUGUCUGGUUGGCUCCCCAGGAUGAGCUGCUCGAAAAGCUCUACGAAUCAGUGGGAUCUGGAUAUUUAAGUGCCCACAUCAAAUACAACGUGAAACCGGUGAGCGAGCAACCUAAGUGGCCUCGCUGCGAGGAAGUUCGAAAGGCGAUUUUGGAGAAGUUGCCCAUCUUUAUGCAUGAGUUUGACGAGCAACGUCUCAAGAAGGGUGCAGUGCACCGGAAGUGGAACGAUACAUCACUCUUUCUCGUAAAAGGUUGCAAAGAACUCACAGUGGACAAGAGACUUGAAUCUGGUUACCGAAUCUCGGCUGAGCGUCAGAAAGAAAGCACCGAAUUUCACGUAUCCGCUGAGAUCACCACAGAAGAAAGCGGUCGUGUUGUUCUAUGGCUCAAAAAAACGGAAAACCUUGACAUGUAUGAUGUUGCCGUCGCACUUUGUCGUCUUCUUUUCAAGACUCACAAGAAGCAUGAUGUUCUGAGUCUGAUGACUAUAUUGGAGACGGACAAAGAAGUCUUGAGGAACCGAGGCUAUGAUGUGGACAGGAUUGCGAAAGCUCACGAAGCCGCUAUUCUUGAAGACAAGAAAAAGGAGGAAGAGCGCGAAAGGCUAGCGAAGAAGCGUGCAGAGGAGUCCGGCGCAGGGCAGUAUGGGACUACCCGCGUACGGUCCAGAUUCCUUGACUUCUUCAGGUGGCAGUCGAGAGGAUCCAAGAAUGCCGGUAAAGUCGACCCCGGGGGAAUUAGCCAUGCGAUCGAUGAAAUAAUGGACCAGUGUGCCAAAGGACAGGCCAGCCCAGAAGAACAGCAGAUCCGAAAUAGGGAAUACAGUGGUGCAAGCAGGAAGAUGAAAGACGUCAAAUACUGUACUGAGCUCAAGAGUACCGCUCUCGAAGUCGUUGAUGUGCACGGUGCCGCCGGUCUCCUGACAGUUUGGCGACAAAUUACUACAAAUCUACCCAUUCCUACAGGCGAAUUGUCGGAAUUUGCAAACAUAGUUCAUGGACUCAACGGAGUUCUGGACCUGAGUAAUAAUGAACACCCCAUAUUCAAUAUCUUCUGGCAUCCAGAUGAUCAUGACUUGAUGGGGUUCAAUCGCAACCGGCUCAUUUUCUUGAACCUUGCGCACUACACGAGAAACCUGGAAUACGGCAUGUCGCUCGGUGAGGCAUAUAUUCACUGGUACUACAUCGUCUUGCACGAAAUAGCCCACAACAAAACACCUUUCCAUGACGAACACCACGAGUUAUUGGUCUCGGCACUAAGCUCUCGUUUCCUACCGCACCUGCACAACUUGGAAGACGUCCGCGAUUAUCUCGGUUGUGCAACAGACGCUUUGUAGUGAUAUUUGGCUUGGUUGCCAUACAUAGGACUCUUGGGACAUUAGGUGUAUUUCUGAGUUAUAUCAUCCAUGUCGUCUUGCUUAUCUAUACCCAAUCAACCUAUAUUGCACGCAAGUUUUGUGUUCUGCACGUUAGAGGAAUGCUGCGUGGAUAAGGCGUCCCAAGUGCUUCAAGCCAGAGAUCGAACAAAUAAUCCACCACUCGUGCGGGCAUGCACUGACG